AUGAAGGCCUUGAUGGUGUUGAAGCGUGCUGACAUGGAGAGGUCUCCUCUGGAAGUGCCCGGGGUUGUCUGGCAAGAAAUUCAACAAAACAAUCUGGAAAACGAAAGCAUUAGUCAAAAAGCCUGUGCAACAGUGACAAGAUGGAAGCAUAUGAUCAGUGUAAUUUCCUUCGGAAAGCAUCAACACAACAGUUACCGCAUCUUCGCCCGGCCCCCUGAGCUAUCAGCCGUGUCAUGGACGUCCUAUACUCGUCCAUUCUCCAGUGCCCUCUGGUUAUGCUUGCUCUUGGUACUGGCUUUACUAGCUAUCGUGUUCUGGGGUGUCUCCCACUGUUACUUUCACAAACUGUCGACGAAUCCUACCAGAGGUUCACGCAAGGAGGCCAUGAAGUAUCAGGAGUGGAAGAGGGAGUUCCUGCUACUUACAUGGGCAGCCAUCACACAGCAGGGUUGGCCCAAUUCUCCUGAUGCGGGUGUUUUGCGAAUACUGUUCUGGAUGAUGUACGUGAUUGGUUUGGUGGUAAUGGCAGCGUACUCAGCCACGCUAGUCUCCUUCCUGACCGUAGUUAAUGACCAACUUCCUUUUGACACCUUGGAAGACCUAAAACAGCUCCAAAAAUAUCGACUCGGCAUACAAAAGGGUUCGAUGCUUGAGGAGUUCUUCAAGAACCAAAAUUUCCUUGUGUACUAUAAGGCACUCAUUGAACCUUACACGGAUACGCUGAAGAAGUCGAUUAUUGAGUUACGAACAUUGGCACUGAAGAACUCUGACUAUGCUUAUGUGGGUUCCUACGAGGUACAGCGACUUGACAGUGUGGGAGCUUGCAUCUUCAAGUCCGCUCAUCGGCACCUCCUUUUCAAAGACGGUGCCCUGGCCUGGCUCCGAGGCUCUCCCUACCUCCAGCUCUUUGAUCAUUUGUGA